AAAUGUCAGACAAUGUCAGAAAGAACCAAGAACUGCGUAUUUUGUUGUGCUAAUUUCUGUCACAAAUUAUUUAUUAUAUUUGUAAAUGUGUAAAUAAUUCGCUUGUAUAUUUUUCUCUAAUGUAAACAAGUGUUAGUUACUGUGUAUUAUCCUGGAUGGUGAUGUUAAAGUGAAGUGUAUAUAAUGUACGAACGAGCAUCGAAUCUUUGUGAUUUGAUAUUAUAAUAUUUCACAGAAGAUUAUAAACACCGAAUUUAUCACAUUACAUAAACAUAGACAUGGUAGUUCGCAGGCCGAACUUUGCAUGUGCAAGUUAAAUAAAAACUGAAGAUGGGUCAACAGACAUCUAGAAAGAGCGGAGAGUGCACUUGCGGCUGCGGCGCGUGGGAGCGGCGCCGCUACGCGGAGUCUCCCAGCAGUGUGCACAGAUACGUCAGCGCUGUUACUGACAGAUGGAGUGGACGCGAGUGUGCUUGCCGGCGCCGUCGCUGGCGCCGACCCGCGUGUGUUUGCACCGCAUAUAGGAGAGUUAGCGAUGACAGACUGGCCGCAGUGCUGACACUCGGCGCGAGAGAUCUCAGGAGGGAGUUAGACGCGAUUGUCAUAAACACAGAUGGUGACACGGGCAGAGAGAGCGGGGAGCCCACCGCUGAAGUGUACGUGCUGUCCGUCGCGCCCAGAACUGCGGAGGGCGAGAGCUCUCAAGAGGGCAGACGGACAGAACUCACACAGACUAACGAUGCCAUACGGCUGCAUCCACACUUCCAGUGUAUUGCGCAGGUGGUGUGCGGCGGCGAGCUGCGCGCGCUGCUGCUGCGCGCGCCGGCGCGGCCGCACGCGCCGCCCGCCAAAGUGCACACGCAGGUUGACUACAUCCACUGCCUGGUACCAGACCUGAAAGAAAUCACAGCAUGUUCGUUCUACUGGGGCAAGAUGGACCGCUACGAGGCAGAGAGACUGCUCGACAAUAAGCCUGAAGGCACGUUCCUCCUCCGCGACAGCGCACAGGAGGAGCACCUGUUCUCGGUGUCGUUCCGCAAGUACGGGCGCUCGCUGCACGCGCGCAUCGAGCACUACGAGCAUCGCUUCAGCUUCGACUCGCACGACCCCGCUGUGUUCGCCGCGCCCACUGUUACUAAGCUUAUUGAGCAUUAUAAGGACCCCGCCUGCGUGAUGUUCUUCGAGCCGAUGCUAACUGCUCCCCUGCCGCGCAGCCAGCCCUUCUCGCUGCAGCAGCUCGCACGAGCCGUUAUUGUGUCGCAUACUAGUUAUGACGGAGUGGAAGCCCUGCCUCUGCCAGGGCGUCUCCGGCAGUACCUGAAGGAGUACCACUACCGGCAGCGCGUGCGGGUACGACGCCUCGAGCCAGACCUGUACACCGCGCAACACUAACUCUAAUCACUAUAUGCCUUAUAUAUUGUGUUGGUAAGCUCUAACCGUGCCAUUCUGUGAGCUAAUGUUAUACAGUGCUCAUAGUCAAACCGUCAGUUGCACAAAGCUCCAUUAAAGUUAAAGCUUCUUUAAAUCUAUUGCUGUCUCUUUCUUUGUCAACUAGAUAAAAAGUGUUAGCAAUAGACUUAAUGAAGCUUUAACUUUAAUUGAGCUUUGUGCAACUGACGGAAAAUUAUCUAUAAAAACCGGCCAAAUGCGAGUCGAAAUCGCACACGAUAGGUUCCGUACCAUUCUUUAGAAAAUGAGCAAAGAAUUACGUUUGUUGUAUGAGAGCCCCCCAAAAUAUUAGUAUUUGUUGUUAUAGCGGCAACAGAAAUACAUCAUUUGUGAAAAUUUCAACUCUAACUAUCACGGUUCAUGAGAUACAGCCUGGUGACGGACGGACAUUGUUCAUUGUUGUUCAUAAAAAUAUUGACCACUUUAUUAACAUUAGUAUUACAGAAAUGAAUAUGGUUUUAGUAUGAUAGUAACACAAAAUUCCUACGUUUUAACGUAGAUGUAACGCCAUCGAAUUUCAAAUAUCACUUAUUUCUAUAUACCGCGGAUUUCUUUUUCAAAAAUAGUCUGAAAUUAUGUUUCAGUAUUUUGAACUUUAUUUCUUGAUAAAUAGAGUUUUUAAUGCGAAGCUUUUUGUAUCAGUUUAUUUUCAUUUUAACUUUAUAACAGUGGGAAUAAGAUUCAAUAUACAAAAUCAUGGAAUUAAGACAGAAUAUGUUUUUAUAUAGGUAUGUAUCGAGUGUAUCAAUCCUAAUCAUAUUAAAUCCUAUCACAUAUAGUUCGGCCUAUGUUCAGCAGUGGACGUCCUAUGGCUGAGAUGAUGAUUACAUAUACUUUAUGAUAUUCUAUGGCAAAUUGUUAAAAAAAUAACCAAAUCCAUUCAGUGGUUUAGCCACAGGACUCAUUCUUCGUUUUCAUAAUUUAGAACAUCAUGUGAAAAGCAGAGAUAAACUUAGGAGUAUCAAAUGUUUUGACUAGUUGACAGCUGUCAGUAUUCAAGGGAGAAUUCCCGUUGUUUGUAGUGACUUAUUCAUUCGCUCACAUUUUUAUUAUAUUUACAUCGUUUGAAAGAUUCUUUAUUUCUUAUUUUUGGGUAUUUUUCUUUCAUCAUCAUUGUACUGCCUUUAUUGCAAUUUUAUUUGGGUCCAGUAUCUUAAUACUUCUAUAUUAAAGUAUUUAAUUUAAUGUGAUUAGGUUUGACACACUUUGUAUAUAGACGAAGAAUUGCAACUACAAGUAUCACAGUUCGAUGCCCGAUCGAAGCAAAGUUGUUUCUUUGCAAAAUAUCAACCAGUUAUAAAAAGUAAGAGGUGUAUUUGAAAUUCUAAAAUGUCUGAAAUUUUAAGUAAAUAAAUAAAAUAUGCAAUAUUGAGUGUAUAUUAUGUUUUUUACGUAAUAUUUAUAACCGACUGCUGUAAAAGAUGUUUUUUAAUAUGGCUGCUUUUUUGAGCAAUUUAUUUCAAUUGGUGAUGAAUUUUAGAAAAUGUGUUUUUUAAGUAUUCAGCAUAAUAUGCACAUAAUAUUGUUUCUAAACUAAUAAAUAUCAGUAACGUCUUAUUAUUAUUAUUAAAUAAAUAAUUUUUAUUCACACUGGCAACUAUAUUUCGAUAUUAAUAUGUUUUUUUGUGUUUGCAACACCUUUUUUUAUAGAAAAUGUUUCAAAUCAUGGUUUUAAAUUGUGAAAUGAUUAAACUAUGGUUUCUUAUAUUACGGUCUUUACCAAUAUUCUAUGUUUGUGUUAAUUUGCUUACUAGAGAUAGAAUCUUAGACACCAUUGACUGUGUUUCGGAUGGCACGUUAAACUGUAGGUCCCGGCUGUCAUUGAACAUCCUUGGCAGUCGUUACGGGUAGUCAGAAGCCAGUAAGUCUGACACCAGUCUAACCAAGGGGGAUUGGGUUGCCCGGGUAACUGGGCUGAGGAGGUCAGAUGGGCGGUCGCUCCUUGUGGCACACUGGUACUCAGCUGCAUCCGGUUAGACUGCAAGCCGACCCCUACAUAGUUGGGAAAAGGCUCGGAGGAUGAUGAUGACUAUAGAUAUAAUUUUGAUAUUAGACCCAUACAAGUAAUGUGAAAUUCCUAUUUCUAUUAAGCAAUACGAUAUAUAGAUCGAAUAUUGAGAAAGGCUGUUGUUGACCAAUUUGUAUUUAUCGUGAAAACCUAUUAAUAUCAAAAUAUAGUACGUUUAUAGUUUUAAUGUACAUUGUAAAUUACUGUAAAAUAGUUUAAAAAGUAAAUAUAAUAUUAAUUAUUAUUAUUUAAGUUGUAUUUUUGGUGUAGACUAUCGGUGUGAGCCACUGACGUCACUCUUCUAUCUUCGUGAAUAGCAUUGAACUCUGUUCAGUAAUUCUUGAGUGUGUGAGACACACAGACAGACUGACAGUUUAGACUAUACAAUAAAAAAAUAUACUACUAUACAAUAUAAAGUAUAGACUAUACAAUGCUGAACUGUUGCACGACAGUCGGCCGACAGUUGCGCGACAGUCGCUCACACCGAUCGCCACCAGUUUACAGUUAUGACAAAUGUAUUAUUAGCACUUUGUGCGUACAAAGAUAAUGAAAUAAAAAUCAACAAUAUAUUUUAAAAUACA